GGAAGAAAAUAAAAAAGUUAGCGUUAAUGCUAAAAACAAACAAACAAACAAACUGGUCAUCCUACAGCCUGUCGCCGCUCUGUCAUGGGCUGAGAAAAUGUUCACACGCUCCUCCAGACACUAUCGGGGCAUCAUGACCUCCUUUUAUUCCAUCUGCAUCGUCUUGGGUACCGUGUGUGUGAACCCCCUCUCUGCAGUACCUGAGUUCACUGUAUCUGGACAUGUGGGGUCUACAGCUGUCCUGCCGUGUGAACUGCAGACUGAAGUCAAUGGACCACCGUAUAUUAAGUGGAGCAUCGAAUCUGAGACUGUGUUUGAGCGACGCGGUGAGGAGACCUAUCAGGGUGAGGGAUAUGAGGGGCGUGUGGACGUUCCUGAGGAAGAGCUGCGUAAGGGGAACUGUUCCUUGGUCUUGCGCAAUCUGACACUUACUGAUGCAGCUCUCUACUGGAGCUACAAGGCAGUGAGACACACCAAGAGAUCUGUCGAGAAAAAAACAGUAGAGAUGAGCAGUGUUCAUCUCUCAGUCCAUGAAAACCGGAAUGAAGAGCGUAAAGCUGAAAAGGAAGUUCCCAGAGCCGGGGUUUGGUCAGGAGUAGGAGUAGGAGUAGCUGGGACUAUUGCAGUGAUUGCAGUGAUUGGAGUGAUUGUGGCUCUGGUGUACUGGUGUAAAAGAAGAAGAAACCGUUCUGUGGUUUUGGAGAAGGGUGCUGCCAAAGGGUGCUGCCAGCACAACACCUCCCAAAACAUGCCAGUAGGGGGACUGGCUGUGCUACAUUGACCCUACGUGUGAAUAAGUGUGUGAAUUGUACCCUGUGAAGGACCAGCAUCAAACCCAUGGUAUAUUCCCAAUUCACACCCAGUGUCCCCUCUUAAAUGACUCAGAAAGUUUCUAAAGGCUUUAUGAUUGGUCCAUUUCUAUCGUUUUAACUCACGCUGUGCUGGAUUCUUCUACACGCCCAUCAACUCCUAAUCAUGAUGACACUGAUGACAGUCACUGCAUUCCCCAACAGAACUCCUUCAUUUCCCGCUUUCAGAAUAAUUUCUUUACAAUGUCACAUUUGACAGGGCCUGUCGCACAACAUUGUUUUCCUCAGCACGGAAACUCCACAUGGAUCUGCCUCUCUCUGGCUCGGUUUUAUUUAAGUGGUGGUGGUGAUUGUUACCCUAUGCUUUUUUCUUAAUGGCUUUAACCAUUUUGUAUUCACGUCUGUUUUUUUUUUCUUUACAUUUUCUUAUUGUGUAAAGUGUGUAAAGUGCCUUGAGAAGCUAUUUUAAAUGCACUAUAUAAAAAUAAAGUUUUAUUAUUUUUAUUAUUA